CAGUACAGUACUUUGAUAGUAUUACUGUACGUAAGUUCGUCCCGCUCAGGAAAUAAGGUGCCCACGAAAGGAACUGCUACAGCUAACCUGCCUUCCGUCCCCAAUGAAUACGGCCACCGCGGUGAGGUGGAGUUGGAUGCGCGGGCACGCCGGGCCCUGUCCUGUCGACGGUGGCGUGGCGCAACUUGGCACCGGGACGCGUGCACUACUGGAAAGUGUGCGUGAGGUACAGUAAUACGGCUUGGAAGCCCAAAAGUCUCCAGGCAGAGGGCGCACCCCCGUGUCCCGGUCUCCGGUCCUCCCGCAACUCGCACCUGUCCCAGGCAAAUGAAUCCCGGGCGCGGGCAGGCCAUUCGUGAUUGGACCGCCGCCUCAACACCAAACUAGGUGGAGGUAGGUAGGUAGGUAGCCAUGGUACCUUGGCUAGGUAGGUAUGCUGUGCUGUCACCAGGCUUGAGAUGUUGACUCGACUCGAGGGGCGAGACUCGAGAGUCUGAUCUGGUCCUGCCGGUCUGGUCACGACGAUCAGCCUGUCACUCCACACGCGUCCCCCGCCCUGCGCCCAAUCAGCGCCACCGGCCUGCUUCCCCACAACUGACCUGCAACCCGGAACCUGGCGCGCCGCCGUCAUCAGCAUCAACUCCCGAUAUUCCUUCCCGGCGCCACUCGCUCUCCAGUGCCCCCCAGCUCGACCCACCAGCCUGCGCCGCGCCAGACGUGGAUGUGAAUUAAUUCAACAAGGGGGCUCCUGCGGCGACGGCGCGUUCCGCACUCACGGUGACUGCAGUGCAGCGCAGCGCAGCGCAGCUCCUCAUGCCAGAUGGGCUACACGACCAGCACCGCCUCUGGGCAAUCACCACAGAGAGGGCGUCUUCUUCUCUUACGCUACGAGGAGGGGGCAAGUUAGGAAAUGGCCGAUAUCGCCGUCCCUGACCCCCGGUCUGCCCGUCCGACCUCGAUUCCUCGAAAGAGUCUGGCCGUCUCCAUGCCAGCCUAUCACUAGUACUAACUUGCUACGUAGUGCUGGCGUUUUCUCCUGCUCAGGCCAGGCUUGUCAGGAACCGGGCCCCCUCGCCCAGACUCCAGACUUCAGACUCCAGCGGAUCCAUCGCUGCCCCAUACGGUAUUGGACUCGGCCAGAUGCGAGACCAGGGGUCGCUUCCGAUAGAACGACGUCGCCAAGGGGUCAAGGGUGACCUGCCAGCGGCGUGUCAAUGACGAUGCUGCAGAACCUGUCCCGAACAGGCCAAGGUCGCGGUCUGCCCUGCGUUCUGCACUGCUGACCGCGUCCGCCGUCAGCAGCCUCUGCAGCCUGUGCAGCCAUCGUCGUCUCCCCGACCGACCUUUCUCGUCCCCCGGCGCCCAACCAGCACGCUGCCCCCCCCCGGCCCGCCUGGCACGCGGCUCGCCGCCCCGCGCCGACGGCCAACAUACCGCAUGGCCGUCAUCCUCAUCUCGAUCAUGUACCUGGCCGCCGCUCCAGCACCGUAAUGUUACUUCAAUAUACCGUAGGUACUUCGUAUCCGCACUCCGUACACACACGCCUCCUUUGGCUCUGGCCAGCCGGACCCGAGCCCAUGAUCCGGCCGGCUGUCUAGCCUAACAAUCGUGCCGCAACUAACCAUCCCACCCCCCGGUUUGACGAUGCCGUGCUGCAGGCCCGCGCUUUGCUUUCACGGCCAGGGGUAUUACAGCACCAAGUUACCAACCGACGGGAUGAUGACUGCACGCGGGCUUGGGCUUUGUCCCCCUUGUGUUGCCUGUCGACACACGCCCUGCCGCCAAGGAGAGCCGUUGCAGGUGUCGAUGACACGAUGCGUCCUGGUCGCGGACCUGCGAGGUGCAAUCUGCCGUCGUUGCGUCUUCAAGGCUCUUUUCGUGAGCCCUACUUCCCGGACUCUGUGCCGUACACUUAGCAGCACCCUCCAUCCCUCUCUCCACCAGUCGUGAGGCUCCAGCCGCUUACAAGGAUGUCUGCGUGCGGGGGGUGCCGGACCUUUAGCCAGAGUGGAGGCUGUUCUUGCUGGCCCCGACAUGCCACUCGGAUUGCAAGCGGGUAAUUCAAGGCUGCCUCUUGUCUCGCAUACUUCCCUCGCCGCCGCCCAUUUCUCCGUCAUUCUUAUAAGUGGCCACGAUCCCCCGUCGUAGCCUCACAAUGCCUUGCUUCCCACCGACUAGUAUAUUGCUGUGCCGUCUUGGAAUUCCUUCCACAAACCUCUCUCUAGUUUCUUCCCUCCGCCACUACAUAGAUCUGACGUUUCUCCAUAAUACACGAGCCUUGUGGCGCGGCCAACCCGAGAACCUACGGUAUGAGAGCUGACAGAGUAGGCCAGCCGGGGCUGGAGCUGUAUGAUGUUGUUAUCGUCGGUGCCGGCCCUGUUGGCCUCAUGUUGUCCACAUGCUUGGCGCGUUGGGGCUACCGGAUAAAGCACAUCGACAACAGGCCUGAGCCUACGCGCACUGGCAGGGCUGAUGGGAUCCAACCCCGGUCCCUCGACCUCAUACGCAACAUGGGGCUCAAAACCGACAUCAUGGCCCACAAGCCGGCCAGAGUCUACGAGGUAGCAUUUUGGGAUCCGGCACAUUCCGGAGAUGGCAUCGCUAGGACGGGCACUUGGGCGAGCUGCCCGAGCUUUAUUGACGCGCGCUAUCCUUUCACCACAUUGCUACACCAGGGUCAUAUUGAACGGGUUUUUAUUCGAGACCUAGAGAAGAAUGGCGUGCAAAUCCAACGUCCGUGGACCAUCACGGGCUUUUCCUCAGACGAGUUGCGAGACCCCGAGUACCCCGUGGAGGUGACUCUGGCGCACGUCGAUGGCGAUGCUUCUGAGACAGUCAGAGCCAAGUACCUCUUUGGUGGCGAAGGCGCGAGGUCUUUCAUCAGACAGCAACUCAAUAUUGCUGUUCGUCAUCUCGAUCCGAUAGAGCAUGUCUGGGGCGUGAUGGACGGUGUCGUCGAGACCGACUUCCCCGACAUCAAGAUGAAGUGUACCAUUCACAGCGAGCACGGAUCCAUCAUGGUAAUCCCUCGAGAGGACAACAUGGUGCGCCUGUACAUCCAGAUUUCUUCGUCGACCGACUCAGACUGGAGCCCCCGAAAGACAGCGACAGAGGCCGAGGUGCAAGAGUCGGCGAAACGAAUCUUGCAACCGUAUUCGAUCGAGUGGCAACGCGUGGAGUGGUACUCAGUCUACCCCAUCGGCCAGGGUAUCUCGGACAACUACACUCUUGACCAGCGCGUCUUCAUCGGCGGCGACGCUUGCCACACUCACAGCCCCAAAGCAGGACAAGGGAUGAACACGGCGUUCCUCGAUGCCCUCAACCUGGCGUGGAAGAUUCACGCAGUCGAGGGUGGCUUUGCCGACCGGGAUAUCUUGAAAACAUACGAGUCGGAGCGCAAAAGCGUGGCGGAGAGCCUCCUGGACUUCGACAAUCGCUACGCAAAGCUAUUCUCGCAAAGGCAGCCAGCAGCAUGCGAGGUUCGCGCAGCGUCAGCAGCGAACGAAUACGUCAAUGCAGCCGAUGACAAUGAGUUUAUCAGGGCGUUCAAAGAGGCAUGUAGGUUCACCAGUGGCUACGGCGUGGCGUACGGGCCAAAUGCAUUGAACUGGUCUCCCGACCACCCUGCGGCCUCGUCUGUAAUAGGACCAGACGGGACAAAGCUCAUGCCUGGGACCAUCUUCAUCAACUCGGACGUGACGAGGGUCGUGGACGCCAAUGUUGUGCAUCUGGAGCAAGAAGUCCCGCUCAACGGCUCGUUCCGCAUCUUCGUCUUCGCUGGCAAUCCGGAUAUCACGCAGGACGCACUUCAGGACUUUGCAAGUGGCUUGAAUGGGCAGCGGUCCUUCUACAGCGCCUACACGCGCCCGGAUAUCCGCAAGGUCCCGCACCACGAAAAGCACAACCCCCACAGCCUAUUCUACACGCUGUGUACUGUCUUGGCACGCAAGAGGGCAGAUAUCGAAAUCUCCCGUGACGUCCCGGGUGUUCUUGCGGGGUAUCGCGAGCACAUAUACGCCGACGAUAUCUGGGAUAGGCGUGUGCCCAACGCCCGAGCAGCCGCGCACGCGAAAAUGGGCUUGGACGAGGAUACAGGCGGUGUGGUUGUGGUGCGGCCAGACGGCUACGUGGGCGCCGUCGUUAAGCUUGUUGAGGGGAGCAGCACAGUUGACGCCUUGAAUGCGUACUUUUCGGCGUUUUGCACCAAGCGACUUGGCGAAGCGGUCGCACAACUAUGAGAGCAGAUUGUCAGUACCAUGAGGCCGCAGGCUUUCGACGACGGGGUUUGGGAUACGAAUGACUUGAUGAAUACCAUUGUAUAUCGACCAAAGGGUUUCGGUUGAAAUCAUGUAUUUCGACACCACCUCUAAUAGUUUGUCAAAUGGAGAUCAUGGAUUAUUGCAUGGCAUGCAACGGGACCAUAGCAGGAGAGCGUACCGCGAAACCUAGGCUGGGG